AUGGGUUUCAAGAUUUUGAAUAUGAUCAGAGAAGGAUUAGGGCUUCCAGAAGGAUAUUUUGAUAAAGUCAGCCAGGAACAGUAUAUGGCGAUUCACCUAUACCCGCAAUGUCCGGAUCCAAGUUUAGCAAUGGGUCAUGCGGACCCAAACAUCAUAACCUUCCUUCAACAAGACCAAUAUGGGCUACAAAUACAAAAAGAUGGGAAAUGGAUGGGAGUUGACCCAAUUCCGAAUGCUUUCGUGGUCAACCUUGGUUACACCCUGGAGAUUAUAAGUAAUGAGAAGCUGAAAAGUGUGGAACAUCGAGUGGUCACCAAUUCAAGUGCGGCUCGAACGUCAAUUGCCACAUUUUUUUCUCCAAGUCCUACUCUUCCUGUUGAGAAUGAGGUUCCUGUUAUCAUACAACCUGCUAAAGAGGUAGUUACAUGGAGCAACCCACCGGUAUUUACAUCAUUUCAAUACAAGGAUUUUGUAGCUCGUUACUUGGCCUUCAUGUGCAAACCGCGUCCUCACGUCGGAAUACCCUUGGAUCCUUACCGACUCUAA